GCUUCAGGUCUCAAGGAACGGCAUCGACAAAGUUUUGAUUUCUUUGAUUUUUUCAGAACCUCUUCGUCAAAAAUGGACUUACAGAACAAAGUCGCUUUGGUGACCGGUGGUGCGGUCGGAAUAGGGUUUGCAUAUGCCAGAGAAUUACUACGCAACGCAGUCAAGCACGUGGUAAUCUUGGACGUAUCACCCAAAGCUGGAGAAGAAGCGGUGGAGAAAUUGAACGCCGAGUUCGGGGAUAGCAAGUCAUUUUUUAUCGCUGGUGAUGUAACUAAAUCUGCCGAAUUUGAAGAUGCGUUCACGAAAACCCUUCAGAAGUUCGGUAGUCUCGACAUAUUAAUUAACAAUGCUGGAAUAGUUAAUGAAACCGCAUGGGCUAAGAUGAUUGAUAUCAACUUUAACGGCCUCGUCCACGGAACUUUCCUGGGUCUGAAAUACAUGGGAAAAGACAAAGGUGGUGUCAUCGUGAACAUCGCUUCAAUUUAUGGUCUCGAUCCAGUUGCCAGUUUUCCAGUUUACGAUGGAACUAAACACGCCGUAGUCGGUUUCAGUAGAUCCAUUGCGAUGAGUCACGAAAAAACUGGUGUCAGAGUUAUCGUGAUGUGCCCGGGAAUAACGGAGACGCCAUUGGUAGCCGGGGCGGUUGAUGGUGCGCUGAAGCUUUUGGAUGUUGAAACGGUUGUUGCUGAAAUCAAAACAUAUGCCUUCCAAAAGGCUGACAGCGUGGCUGAAGGAAUGGUGCAGAUUAUCCGUAAUGCUCCAAACGGCACCGUUUGGGUGGUAGAAGACGGGAAACCUGCUUACCAGGUUUUGAUUCCCGAUCGUUUCUCCAUGAAAGCUUCUGCCUUGCUUGAACAAAUAUCCAAUUUGAUUCCUAAAUAUCCCGUUUAUUAUUUCAGAGAUAUAAAAUUCGAAAUGCAGAUAAAAGGUAAAAACGUACUAUUGACUGGGGGUGCGAAAGGAUUGGGUUUCGCAUACGCUAAAGAAUUAUUGCGAAAUGGAGCUGCGCACGUGGCCAUAUUGGAUUGUGAAAAUUCCAAUGGCGAAGGAGCCUCUGAGAGAUUGAACGUAGAAUUUGGAAAAGGAAGGGCAAAAUUCUUCGCCUGCGAUGUCACAAAACCUCAGGAAUUAGAAGCUGGAUUUAGAAAUACCGUAGAAGUAUUCGGAUCGUUGGAUAUCGUCAUUAAUAACGCUGCUCUGAUGGACGAUGAUCAAUGGGAGCUCAUGAUCAGUGUAAACGUAAAUGCGGUAAUCAGAGGAACGCUUUUGGGUCUGCAGUACAUGGGAAAAGACAAGGGAGGCAAGGGCGGCGUGAUUGUUAACGUCGCCUCCAUUUUCGGUGUAACUCCGUUUCCGCAUUGUCCCAUUUACGUUGGAACAAAACACGCCGUCAUAGGAUUGAGCCGAUCCUUUGCCAUGCCUUAUCACUAUGAAAAAACCGGCGUUCGUAUUUUGACGUUGUGUCCCGGCGUUGCUGAUGACGUGGGAAAAAAUCAAGAAAUAACAAACUUGGAGGAAUCUACGCCGGGUUCAAUUAAUCCUAUCAACAAACUUCCCUCUCCAAAGCUCGAAAUAAGCGUUGCGCACGGUAUGAUGUUCAUCAUAAGAUCAGCGCAAAAUGGAAGCGUCUGGGUUGCUGAGGGUGCUGAGCCAGUUUAUGAAAUUUUGAUUCCGGAUUGUCUCACCAUGAAAAUGGCUGCUAAGGACGGGCAAUAAUGGCGUUUGAGUCAUGAUUUUGUCAUAUUGACAAAUUACACCGUAAAGUACAGCGAUGUUUCAUUUACUAAGGUAAUCCCCGACCAAGAUGAUUAGCUAUGUCAUUCGUAUAAUUAUAUAUACUCAAAGAAGAUUGCAUCAUAGAUAUAUUGGCGUAUCUAUGAUUACAACAAUUUUCGCAAUGCCAUCCAAUAUGUUUCGUACACAAAAAAAUGAUACAAUCUACCCGCAGUUAAGUUAAGCGCUGAUCUGACUAUAGACCUUCAGCGCGUAAUCUGUCGCCGAAAAUAUCGUAAAAGUUAUAACAAUAGUAACGAAUGGUAGCGUUGGGUUUUCGGUCGCUAGCUAAUCUAGUAUACACGAACGCGAACUUCCUACUCUUUUCGUGAAAAAAGUAUCUGCCGUUCAGGUCUGUCUUUUGAAUUUUUAAUGAUUUAUUAUACCGUCAAAUUUGCGUCUGUCAUGUCAUUAAAAUAUUGUUGCUCGAGUGAUUGGGAUCACAUGUACAUGAUUGAAUAAAAACAGAUUUUUAAGUUUUUUUUUUCUUUUACUAUAUGGAACGUUAUUUGUUUUAUAUCCGUACAAAUGUAUUUUUAUGCAUUGUUCAAUCGGACAUGGAACAUUAAUUAUGUAUUAUAUAUUACAGAGUAAUACACCGGGACAGGUGAUACAAAAAUCAAUUGCAUCUACAUGCAAUAUCUAAUGUAACUAUGGGUAUCUUUUUUUUUUUUUUUCAUACCGCAUGAAU